AUGUCCCGCGCAACACGACUCCUCCUGCUUCGCCGUGCAGUCUCUUGCACUCGCUCCCGCCCGUUCGUGGCCCACGCAACACGCGCCUUUUCCGCCCAAGUCGAAGUUCCAGGGGGCGAGCCCGAGCCCGUGUCGUUCGAAGACAUUAGCACGGCGUCCUUUCGCAUCCGCGAGGGCAUUCAGCAGACGCACUGCGAGUACACACCGCUGCUGUCGCAGCGCAUGGGCGUCGAGCUCUACCUGAAGAAAGACCAUCGCCAGAUGACUGGUAGCUUCAAGGAACGAGGCGCCCGGAACGCCCUCUUGCAGCUCACGGACACGGAGAAGCAGCACGGCGUUGUGGCGGCGUCCGCAGGGAACCACGCGCUCGCCCUGGCGUACCACGGCCGUCUGCUGAACAUCCCCGUGACGUGUGUGAUGCCCAAAGUCGCACCGCUGACCAAAAUCAUGCGGUGUCGGGAACUUGGCGCGCGCGUUGUGCUGCACGGGGAGCACAUUCUUCAAGCUCGGGAAAAAGCCGACGAGUUUGUGCGGGACGAGGACAUGAUGUACAUUAACGGGUUCGAUCGUCCAGAGAUCAUUGCUGGUGCUGGGACCAUGGGCAUCGAGAUCUUGCACCAGGUACCGGACGUUGACGCGAUCGUCGUACCGAUUGGAGGUGGCGGCUUGAUCGCCGGGAUCGCACUUGCCGUCAAGACGCUGUCGCCGAACGUUCAAGUGAUUGGUGUCGAGCCAGAGUACUGUGCGAGUUUUUCGGAAGCUCUUAAGGCCGGGAAGCCCGUGGACAUGCCGACAAAGCCGACGCUCGCAGACGGUCUGGCGGUGCCCUGCGUCGGUGCCAACGCGUUCGAGAUUGCGCGCACGUACGUGGACAAGGUCGUGACUGUCUCGGAGCGCUCGAUCGCCCUGAGCGUGCUGCGUCUCGUGGAGCUAGAAAAGGUUGUCGUGGAAGGCGGAGGCGCGUGUUCGCUCGCGGCUCUGAUUGACGGCAAGUUGCCCGAGCUGCAGGGCAAGCGCGUUGUGCUGCCGCUUACAGGCGGCAACAUCGACACGCCCGUGCUCGGUCGAGUGAUUGACCGCGGUCUCGCUGCUGAUGGCCGCCUCGUGCGCUUCGUGGCGACCGUGAGUGACCGUCCUGGCGGUAUUGCGCAGCUGACCUGCUUUCUGCGCGACUUCGGCGUGAGUGUCAAGGACAUUUACCACGAACGGGCCUGGGUGCAUGCCAGUAUCUCUCACGUUGCCGUGAAGUGCGUCGUCGAGACACAGUCGAGCGAGCACGCCCUCGAGCUCAAGCAGCGCCUCGAAGACGAAGGCUAUCCACUCAUCUGGGAAAACUUUGCUGGUCUCCAGUCCCCCAGCGUCGUGUUCUGA